ACACCCUUUCCUCUUUUCUGUUUACAGUACUGCACCUUGAAACUAUAUAUAUCUGGGCACCCGCCUAUAACAUCAUACCUCAUCCACGCAUAUUGUCCUCCAGGCCUUCAGCGUUGCACUUUGCAUACAUUGACGACCACAUAAAUCCAUUACCGUCCUUGUAAUCAAUACAGCAACACAACCAGCAAUAUGGGCAGCAUCGGCACCAGCAGCACCCUGGAGAACACUCCCGCGCCUGGAGUGCCCUUCUACACUCCGGCCCAGAACCCCCCAGCCGGCACGCCUGUAGACAAAACAUCGGCCCCGACCCUCUUCACGCCGCUGCGCAUGCGCUCCGUCGAGCUGCACAACCGCAUCGUCGUGUCUCCCAUGUGCCAGUACAGCGCCGACAACGGCCACCUGACCGACUACCACCUGGUGCACCUCGGCCAGCUGGCGCUCCACGGCCCGGGCCUCAUCUUCGUCGAAGCCACCGCCGUCGAGCCCCGCGGCCGCAUCUCCCCCCAGGACUCUGGCCUGUGGCAGGACUCCCAGAUUGCUCCUCUGCGCCGGGUCACCGACUUCAUCCACAGCCAGGGCGUCAAGGCUGCCAUCCAGAUUGCCCACGCCGGCCGCAAGGCGAGCACUCUCGCUCCUUGGAUUGGCGGCACUGCGAACAAGGCCGUGGCCGAUGAGAGCGUUGGCGGAUGGCCAAAUGACGUUGUUGGCCCUAGUGCGAUUCCCUUCCACGAGGACCACGCCCAUCCCAAGGAAUUGACUAUCCAGGAGAUCAAGGGGCUUGUCCAGAAGUUUGCCGAGACUGCCAAGCGUGCGGUUGAGGCUGGCUUUGAUGUCAUUGAGAUCCACGGUGCUCACGGAUACCUCGUCAACGAGUUCCUGUCGCCUCUGAGCAACACACGAACUGACGAGUACGGCGGAAGCUUUGAGAACCGCACCCGCUUCGUCCGCGAAGUCACCGAGGCCGUCCGCGCCGUCAUCCCCGAGACCAUGCCCCUCUGGCUCCGCGUCUCCGGCACCGAGUGGAUGGAGUGGGCCGGCCAGCCCUCGUGGACCGUGGAGGAAACCAUCAAGCUCGCCAAGCUGAUCCCCUCAUGGGGCAUCGACGUCCUGGAUGUUAGCAGCGGCGGCAACAGCUACGGGCAGCAGUUCCCCGACUCCAAGUCCUUCCAGAUCGACAUUGGACGCACCGUGCGCAAGGCCCUCCGCGCCGAGGGCAUCGACCUGACCAUUGCAUCCGUUGGCUUCAUCACCGACUCCAAGAUUGCCCACGACGUUGUCCAAGAGGGCCCCGAGGCUGCGGCCGACCUGGCCCUGGUGGCGAGACAGUUCCUGCGAGAGCCUGAGUGGGUGCUGAGAGUGGCUCACGAGCUCAAGGUGGCUGUCAAGUGGACGAACCAGUACUCAAGAGCUGGACCGCGAACGGACUUUAGCAAGAAGUUUUAAAGGCUUUUGGCGAUAAGGAAGCAUACGAAUGGAAUCGGAUAACGCAUGGGAUAGACGUGAAAAGUUUCAGCGUCGUUUUGCUACAGAGUUAUCCAUAGAAGGCAUAUACUCUCGAUGCAUUUUUGCUCACUUUAUAUUAUUUGAUAGCUAAUUUAAACUUGAUCUUCACUAUGACAUCU